UUUUGUAGGUCAGUAUAUUGAUACAUUAAUGCAUCAUGAUAUAACUAGUUUUGGUAACUAGACUCAUAUUGUAGGUCGAUUUAUUGAUGCAUAACAAAGUUGCCUAUGUUAUGGCUGUGCACAUUAAAUGUCAGUGUUCUGCUAUUUGUCAUCAUGCUUUUACACACUGCGAUGUCCGACGAAGGUUUCCUUACCCAUACAACAUUUACAACCUGUCAUGGAAAACAUGGUAGAAGAAAUACACAAGUUUGUCAAGGAACAUAAUUAACAAAAUCUUGAUUCUAUUUUCAAGAGUGUCCAACAUCUGAAAAUACAACCAUGCAAUAGAAAUCCAUGACCGAGAGUGUGCGACACCUUGACAAUGUUGACCCCACACCUAAAUUAUUAGUGUAUUGUUUAUCAUGAAAUAAGAUAAGUGUCAGACUGUCAUUAUCAAGAUUAUCAGUGUCAGAGUUUCUUUGUGAAUGUACUAGGCGACAGCUUGCAGUUGGCAGGUUGGAACAAUAAUGUGUGAUUAUGGAAGUGUGCCACUGAUUUGACUGUACAUGGAUGCCCUGCUGAAUUGGGUAGAAUUAACUGUAACAAAGACUCUGAUGGUAUCACACAACUUAAUACACAACAAUGUAAGUGAAAAAUCUUUAAGCAUGUUUAGAUCUCUUUGCCAUUCAGCUUCCCUGCUUGUUAUAUCAGUUUGUGGUACAGAAUGUGUUUCUGUUAUAUUAUGAAUGUUGUGUGAACAUAAAUGGUAAAGCAUUUGCAUGAUUUGCGACUUCUUAAAUUGUUCUUUAUUCCUACCAAAAAGCUGUUUGUGGUUGUUGUAUGUAUGAACACUGAGUAUCUAACAUGUUCAGUUGCAGAUUAGAAACAAUUUGUUCUUGUCUAGCCUGCAAAAAAUGAUCUGCUACAGAGUUGCUGUCCCCUGAAAGGCUUGUUUGACUGUGAAGAUGUUUAAUGGACUCUUCAAAUAUAGUUGCAGGUUGUGAGCUAGACCCUGGUACAGGUGAUGGAGCAGACUGUGGCUGUGAAGGAAUUGUUUGAUGGGCUCUACAACACCAUCGUGGGACCAGGUUUUUACACAGUCAGUGGAGUAAAGAGAAAAAGACCGAAAGUUCCUAAAUCAAAUCUUGAGUGUCCAGGAUCACCAGAGGAGAAGACGUCUUUAGUUUCUAGCGAGGACAGCUGUAAUGAAGGGAAGGAAUGUAGACAGUCCACUGAAAGUGGAGACAAAGAUAGAGCUCAUAAAUCAAGUGCAGGAAGUGAUUCAGAUAUUAUUUGUGAUUACAAUGCGAGUAACGACAUUAACACAGCUCUAGUUUCACACAAACCAUCUAAUCACAUACCCAGAACUGAAAACACUAAGACUUUGGAACACAAGAACAAGUGUGACACCGCUGAUCCUGUACCAAGUAAACAGACAAAGGAUGAUCAAGGUGUUUGUGUUUCUAUAAAGUCAAAAUCUUACGUCACAAAGGAGCAGGGAUGUGCAUCAAAGUAUACCUGCAGUAAAGUACCCCUUGACUUGACAAGAUCAAGUCGCGGUAGUGGUGGUAAAAGUAGUGUUGUGUCUGUAGGGAAAGCUGAUGGGAGUGAUGGGACUUCUAAACAGUCUCAGACAUCGCAAGGAGAAGAUUCUAAUGUGUCAGCUGUAGAUUGCUCAUCAAAGGAAACUCAUGCUUCACAGCAAACAAGUCUCAGAGGUGCAGACCUUACAGUCUCAGCCAGAACUUUGGGGAGACCUCAGAUGUCGCCAGAAAAGUCUGUGAAGCGUAGAAGACAGUCACCUGAUGAGGAGACUUCAGUCAGUGCAAAGAAACUGCACGUAGAAGAAAAGAAAACUGCUUCCAUUCUGACUGAUGAUGGAAGACGUGUCACAAUUCCUGGUGCAGCUGACCUUACAGUCUCAUACAGGAGAAGUUCGGGGAAACCUCAGAUGUCACCUGAGAAGUAUCUGAAGUGUAGGAGACAGUCAUCUGAUGAGGAGACUUCAGGUGGUGCAGAGAAACUGCAUGUAGAAGAGAAGACAACUGCUUCCAUUCUGAAGACUGAUGAUGGAAGACUUGUCACAAUUCCUGGAAGCACAGCAAGUGCCAGUAGGGAUGCCGAUUCCCAGAGUGACAUCAGUACCGACUCUCAUGCCAGUGGAUAUUCUAAGUCAAGACCUGCUGUUCUGCCCCUACCAACAUCAGGGGGAACACCAGUUGACAGCCAUCGAAAACUGAGACAGAAAACAGCACCUGGAAACCCAAAUAGGAUAUUAUCUUCUAGUCCAGUAAAGAUUUCAGCUGACAAGUCUGAAACAAAAACUUCACCAGUGAAGAGAAAACUUGAUGCUGAAUCAAGUGAGGAUUUGUGUUGCAAGAAGGUCAAGCUCAAGUCUAAUCAAGGAAGCCCAAAGAAAGGUUCAGAUUCCAAAAAGAAAACAGAUAAACACAAAAAGCAGAGUCCAGAAAGAAACAAAGUCAGGACAAUAUCAAAAUUAGGGAAAGAUGACAAAGAUGGUAAAACGAAACCUUUAAAGCAGAAUAUGACAGCAUCUGUCAAAGGUCAUACAAUUCAGUCGAUUAGAGGACAUAUUAAUCUUAAGAAGCCCAAACAGUGUUCAAACAAUACUCCAGCAAAGCUUCCUAGUCGGAGUAGUUGUCGUCACAUUGUGCAGAGGCAGUUAAGAAGUUCCACAAAAAAUGUGUCUGGUAAACUUAUUUCCCCAGAAGCCAACAAAUCAUCGCCAAGGAAACCGUGUUUGCGAGGUGUACAAAAAGCUCAAUGUUCCAAUCUUUCGAAACAAAAAAAUAACAGACAUCAUAGUAGCAUAAAGCAGAAAGUGCACGCAAGAAAACCCCGAAAAAGAAGCGAUUUAAAGCACAAAAGUAAGCAGGCUGUGACUGUUAAGCAGCGGUCAAACAUUAUUAAGCAUAAAAGUAAGAGCAAAAGACAUGUUCGAAGGCCUGUUGAGGCCAUGUCAGUGGAUGAGGUGCUGGCUAAACAGCAGCAGGUCAUUGCUGAGCACAGCAAAGAAGCAGACAAGUUUGAGGAUGGUAACAUCAUUUCAGCUUUGUGUCAGCUUGAGGACAGAGCCAAGGCAUUGCAUUCACAUGACCUUGAUCUUCUUAUGCCCAUGACAGACUUGUUGUCAGCCAAUCAGAAUACUGUAUUGGGUGUCAGGGGUCAAGGACAAAAUACUCAUCCAGGUGGUGUGUGGAAAAAAUUAAUUCCUGAAAAUUAAGUGAAUUCAACUUGAUUAACCAUAUUGCGUUUUUAUAUAUAUUUAUUUUUGUCAUCAAACAACACAUUUGAUAUUCCUUGGUUUACAGACACAAAAUGAAAUAGAUCCUAUGUGCUCCUUAUUGGUCUAUAAGAGAAGCAGGUAGCAUCACUGGUCCAGCGGGUCUUGCUUUGGAAGAAAGGAACUCAAACCCAUGGACAGCAGAUCCUGGCAUGGCAAAGAGAGGCAACUCUGUAUAGCAAAUCGUUUGGUCGUAUACUACUGGGCUAUCUGUGUUGCCCACUUGAAUUUUACUACAGGUAUUGCAACAAUUCAACAGUAGACUGCAUUUGACUGUCAUCUGAAAUGUGUCUUCAAUAUGAUCCAUUGGGAUUGUAGGAGAAUCUAUGACUAGGCUGACUGUGUGUUAUUGUACCCCAAUGUUUAUGAAUCCAUCUUCAGAUUUAGGAGGUCAAAAUGUUGUGACUCCAACCACAGUCUUAGUGUCAGCAUCUUUAUUUAUUUAUUCAUUUAUCACCCAAAACUUGCUUCCACAGGAGAUUUCACAAGUGAUAUCUCCUUGAGAUGUCACUACAAUUAAAUUGCACCACAAUACUUUGCAGACCAAUGUGAUGUCAUCAGUUACAAUGAUGUCAAAAUCAAAUGACAUCACUAAUCUCUGUGCCACUGAAGCUAGUUAGCUCAAUAGGUGUACUAUUUACACUCAAGACACUGGUUAAUACGGUUUACAAACUGAAAAAGUUGGAAGAAUGCUUUGGAUGAUAAAUGGAAUCUCGCCCGUGUCUUUCAAGCUCAAAUAUAUCCUAAAACGUACUGAUAAAAGGAAAUAUACCCUCAGCAAUGCUCGAAUAUUUCUAGCUUUUGUCAUCUCGUCUUGAUAUAUUUGAUCUUGGAACACCCCUUUGUGAGACUUUCUAUUUAUUUAUAUAUUUAUUUGUUUUAUCCAAGGAGUGGGACAUCCUUGGUUUGUCGCCCGCCAUUCCUCAUUCUGCACAAUGACAGACUAACCGUCUACAGUUAGUGGGACUAAAAAUAUGUAAUGCUCUUCUCAGCAUGAAGUACCGGUUUUUUGUCACGAGAGGUAAGCUAUCAUUAUCAUUAGGGUGGACAACUGUUUUUACUACCUUACACUGAAAAAUGGACUUAUUAUCAAAGAAGAACUACAGUAAAGAUAUCAGGGAUGGUUGUUAUUCAAUCAGAUGGAUCAAUUGUUGGUCUGCUCGUGCCAAAGGGAGUGAAACUGUGUUACAUCAUGUACAUAGAAUAAAGACUAUAAUGUA